CAUCUUACAAAAUCAUUAAAAGGUGAUAGGAUAAAAUGGGGCAUGUAUAGGGGUACAAAAUAUUCAAGUAGUAAAUGGCCACCUGGUCCAUGGCUCGAUAAGUACUCGACUCGAACGAAGCUUGAUUUGAGCUCAAACUACUCGUAUUUACUAUUUAGUUUUAAGUCGAGUUCGAGCUCGUUUUAGCAUAGCUCGAAAACUCGAUGAGCUCAUUCAAGUACCGUAUAUUACACGCGCGUGCACACACAUAUAAUGUUAAAGAGGUUAAGGUGAAGUUUAAAGUUGAAUGGGCUAAUGGGGUAGUGAGAUAAACUAAUUACUUUAUAAACUCUACUAAAACCAUUCGAGUAACGUCAAGUACUUGAGCUCGAAAAGGCUCACAUAAAAAUAUGAGUUUUUCGAGUCAAUUUUUGAUUUUUUGUCGUUCUGUUUGAGUUUGAGUUCAACUAACUCCGUCUUACUUCACUUUGCCAAGUGUGUAUAGAGGAGUAAGAAAUGAGCAAAGUACAAAUUCAUGUUUUAAAAUGAAAGUGACAAUUUAAGAAAGUUGUUAAGAAUUAAAAUACAAUUGGACCAAGGGAGUAUUAGAUACUCAUCCAGUUCGAACCCAAAUUCGAAUAGUACUUGGGCGUGCAAAGAUGCCACCUUUGAUCCCCAAAGUCCGUGUCUACCUCUCCAGCUCUUCGCUGUGGCAAUCUUUGUAGCCAACCAAUUGCCAAAAACUGCUUCCUCUCCCAAUUCAUUUGUCUCCCUCGGAAGCUAUCGAGUUUUACAAUUCAAUCAAUCAGCUUAUCCUAUUUGCCCGUCCCGGUUUCGUUCUCCUGUGAUCUCGAUUUUCAUAAGUAUCUAUUUAACUUCUAUUUUUGGGCCAAUUUUGACUAAUAUUUGAAGAACUAGGUUUCCAAACCUUUUGGUUCGGGAGUAGAAAUGUUCUAUGGGGCGGGAGUGUGGGAUCCUUGGCUGAUUGUUGCUCAAAUCGUGUGCCUUCAGUGUCUGUACUACUUGACGAUGGGGAUAUUCUUGGGAGUUCUAGUGGGAACUCGGGUCUCCCGGAUGAGCCUGGUCUAUUUCUUUGAUUUCGCCAGUAUCACUGCCGCCACUGUCACUGGCUGGUGUGUAAUUGCAUCGAUUAUUCUCAGCUCCAUUGUUGGUGCUGGAAUCUUAGUGUUUUUGAUUGAGAGAGCAAAGAAGUGUUUGGAUUUUUCUGGCACCUUAUACAUCCUACACCUUUUUAUAUGUAUUGUCUAUGGGGGUUGGCCCUCCUCUUUGGCAUGGUGGGCUGUGAAUGUCACUGGGUUUGCCAUAAUGGCCUUGUUAGGCGAAUACCUGUGCAUUCGGCGUGAAAUGCGGGAAAUACCAAUACUGAGAUACCGUCCAAAUGUUUGAUUCCUGAUGUGUUAACAUGCAUCGGACAAAUUGCGUUUUUCACGUUUUGGCGGCAACUUCAGUUUCUCAUGGAGAUGAGCUUGCACGAAGCAUGCAGAAUGGCUGAUUCAAGCCUAUACAUAAGUGAUCAAAUAUGUUCCAUGGAGGGCUGUCAACAUUCAAAUACUGACUGAACAGGAGAUAAGAGAAAGUAAAACAUUGAGAUUACGCAUUUGAGUACAUUGAGAUUGUGAGUAGAGAUUUUGUGUUCGACUAAUAACAUCAUUCUUUCUUGCAAAUGUUUAUAGAUUUCUUUUGCUUCCUCAAAGUAUUUUUUUUUUCCUUGAUGCAAGAUACGGAGUAUGUUGAUGAUCAUCUUUUGUAUAUUUGAGCUAUUUUGUUCGUAAGUUCGUAAACAUGGGGUGUUGUGUUUGAUGAAAAGACUAGUUUUGGUUGGACUGAAAUACUGCAUAAAGAGAAUGGAGUUUCAAUUAUGGGAAAAGAACGCAUGUAGACGAGUAAAGACUAAAGAAGGAUUUCAAACAUUGUGAUUUGGUUGAGUGGUUGAUUGAAACGAGUUGUACAGGGGAAGAAAAGGUUAAAUCUAGGGUACUGAAUUGUAAUUUAACAAUGAACCUGGUGUACCGUGUACAUAAAAUGUGUAC